AUGAGCUCCCGGAGUAAACGUAUACUGGAAUUGUGUAACAACACACCACAUAAAGUACCAGUGGGGUAUAUGUCUAGCAAAAAAGACAAUGUCACUAUUACUACUCCGGAUAUCAGCGAAAAAGAAAACUUCAAUAUCUUAGAUCUACCAGUAGACAUAGUCAACGAGAGUUUUAUAGAAACGUUUGGUAUGAUUGAUGCAGAAAUUCUAGAAUCAGUUGAAACUACAAGUCUAGCAGUUCCGGAGUUUGACAAUAUGGAAAUUGUUCACGGAGAAGUUUCAGAAGUCGAAGGACUAUCUGAAGCUACAAACUUUGCAGAUCCAGAAUUCGAGUGUUCAGAUAUCGUUCAAAAUCAAACUCCAGGUGUUGAGGCAGCAGCUGAAAAUGCAGGACUCGAAGUUUCAGUACUUAAGGAGAUGGGUUGCAAAAAGAUAGUGAAAUACAGUCAAAAGUCACGAAAUAUCGUGAAAAUAGUUUCAGCGACGAGGAAGUACAGGCACAACCACGAAAACGCUUAG